GUUCAUGAGCUCUCAGAAAGCAAAGAUAGGAGUUUCGGAUCAUUUUAUCUAUGAUCUAAAGUAAAUAAAGAAACAUAUUAAUAACUUAAGGUGUAUACAAUUUCGCGGUAUUUGUUUCUGAUAUUAUAAAAUCUUGGAAAGGUGGAACAAAACUUAUUACAAGUUUCUUAACCUCAAUUGAUACUAAUCGGUCAAAUAUGGUGUUAACUUCAGAAAAAAAUUACUUUAAUGGUGAAUCACAAUUAAAUGAAGGAAACACUUUAGUCCAGCAUGACUUUAUGUUAGAAAAUGCCAAAUGUUUCCUCUGUGAUCGCAAUUUUGUUGAAGGGGAAGAUACUUUCCUAAUUUUUGAAAUCCGUCUGCGUGACGAUGGCGGAAUUGAUAACCCUUUAUCUCUUAUAUUGGCAACUGCUUUAGGCAGAGAUUUAGAUGAAAUUAACUCGCAUUCCAAUUUGCUCUGCGCGUCUUGCAAUAAAAAUACUUUGGAGUUUGAGAAAUUGCUUCAUAAAUUUUGUGAACUGCGUAUAAAAAUAAUCAAAGCGUAUAAUCAAACUGUUCAAAUGUACAACAUAGAUCCCAUAGUUAUUGAUUGUGAAAACGAGAUAUCUCGAAUAGAGAAAUCUGAAUUUGGUGAAUUAAUUGAAAAUAUAAUUAUUGAUGAAUUGCACAAUAAAACCCUAAACGAAAAUUCAGCCGAAAGCUCGAAUGAGAGCUUAGAAUCAUUUGACGAUGAUACUGCAGAAGCAAUUGAGUCGAAAGUUCUUGUAGAUACAGAACUGUCGUUGGAUGACACAGUGGAUUUAAUAGAAGAAAUAUCCGAAAGCGAGGAAAUAAUUACUGAAUCUAAACUUUUAAAUAUUCAAAGACAAAGCGAGGAACAAAUUGUGAAUCCUCAACUCAAUAAUUACAGCGGGAUUAUUGCAGACUUUACAGAAGAUCGUCCGCAAGAUUUGAUGAUUUUUCAUAUGCAACACGACGGUACAAGAAUCUCUGAACAAUUAACUCAUCCCGUAGACGGUAAAAACAAAGGGCCCUUAAUAUAUGAUCCAGAUAAAACUAAUAACAAAUCUUCCACUAUAAAUUAUGCAAUUACAACAGACAAUCCUGAAAAUGUUAAUGUCGUGGCAGAGGAUGUGCAAAUUAAAAUGGUUUUUGAACAAGAAAACAAUCUAUACUUUUGCUUAUUGUGCGAGGAACAAAAGACAAUGGCAGCAGAACCAUUUGCAGAGCAUAUGCUCACAAAUCAUGAUUUGAACUUUUAUUCUUGUGAGAUUUGUUCUGCUGGUUUCCUUUCAAUUGAAAGUAUGAAAGAACAUAUAGAAAGUAUGCAUUUAAAUUUGUCUAACAUCAAACAAGUUGAAAACCUAGAAAAUUCAUGUGAAGAAUGCCAACAAGUUUUUAGCGAUAAUCAAUUGUUGCAUGUACACAAACGAACUCACAGCAACACUGCUUUGCAAUACGAAUGUUCAGAUUGUCAGAAGAAAUACAGUUGCCGAAAAGUAUUGCUUGAUCACUUGAAUAUGCACACCGGUCGUCGACCAUACAAGUGCUCGAAAUGCCCAAAGGACUUCGCAUCAAAAUAUACAUUGCAAGGGCAUAUGAAAAUUCACAGUGAACGAUUACGCCCAUAUAAAUGCGAUAAAUGUAAUAAAACAUUUCUUAACCAACAAACCUUCUCCCACCAUAAGAAGCUACACAUAGGAGAAAAGUCGUUCAUAUGUGAUAUUUGCUCAAAGGACUUUAGCACCCAACACAAUUUAGAUGUGCAUAAGAUUGUGCAUACUGGUCAGCGACCGUUUAUAUGCCGAACUUGUGGCAAAUCAUUCGCACGUCGUGCUGAGAUUAAAGAUCAUGAACGUAUACAUACGGGAGAGAAACCUUAUAAAUGUGAUAUGUGCGAUGCUGCAUUCGCACAGCGUUCAAACUUAAUGACGCACCGAAAGUCCACACAUUUAAAUGAGAAGUUACACAAGUGCGAUCAGUGCGACCGUUCGUUUAAAAGACGCCGUUUAUUACAAUAUCAUAUCAAUGCAGUACACACAGGUGUGCGUCCUCACGAAUGCGAAAUAUGCGGUUCUUCAUUUGUUUAUCCUGAACAUAAGAAAAAACAUAUGCUUAUACACGGAAAUACUAAACCAUAUACUUGUGAAAUAUGCGGUAAGGAAUUUAACAGUUGUGCUAAUCGCAAUGCUCAUCGUUACGUACAUAGCACAAAAAAGCCAUAUGAGUGUCUGAAAUGCGGUGUUGGCUUCAUGCGCAAGCCUUUAUUGUUGACACAUAUGAAACUUGCAGGGCAUACGAACGACACCAUUAUCAUUAACCAACCAAAUAUCAGUGACAAAAGGACGCUGACUUUAGAAAGAGACAUGAGCCUUGUAGACUUGUGUGAUGAAACUAACGAAGUUCCCGCGAGCUCCAAAUCACAAGAUUCAAAUUCAAGUGUUGGCAAAGCACUGCAACUAAUUACGCAGCACACAGGAGAAGUUAUAAGCGAUGUUGCCGAAGUGAGCACUGUACAGUAUUUGCAAUUUGAUGAUUUAGAUAAAGAUGGUCAUCAAAUAAUUACUUGGGUAGAUAUUGGACGCAAUACAGAUCAUAAUUAACUUGUAUAUUUUUUAAUAAAAAUAAAAUUACUAGCAUUUAAAAUGGA